AUGGUUGAUGAAAGUAGUCAAAUUGUUAAUGUUGAAGAUUUAUUAAAACAUAUUUCAUACGAUAAUUAUUCAAAAGCUAUUGAAAUUAUUGAUGGAAAUUUAUCAAAAUUUAAAACAUCUAUAAAUCGUCUUGAUUUACUUACAAGAAAAUUUCGUUUACAACGAAAAUAUUUACAAUCAUUAAGAAAGAAAAAUAUCUUAACAAAUGAAGAAAAAUCUAAAUUAAAUUAUCUUGAAAUUGAUUAUUUUGCAACAAUGACUGAAAUGAUUCAUCUUGAAAAUAUUGUUGAUGUAUUCAAUGAAAAGAAAAAAUAUAUGGAAGAACUUCUUAAUAAUUCACCAUUCGAUCAAGAAAAAUGGUAUCGAUUUCAAAUGGAAAAAAUCAAUAGUCGAUUACCAAGAUGUCAAGAAGGUAUACCCGAUAGUCGAGUACCUGAUUUUAUCCCAGAUAAUUGGCAAAUUGAAUUUCUUGAUGCUGUUGAUAAACAACAAUCAAUUAUAAUUGUAUCACCAACGGCUUCCGGUAAAACUUAUGCAUCAUAUUAUGCUAUGAAUAAAGUACUCAAAGAUCGAGAUGAUUCAAAUGGUAUUUGUGUAUAUGUAGCACCAACGAAAGCACUUGUUAAUCAAGUUGCUGCUACCAUUCAUUAUAAAUUUGGUCCUGUAUUUGGAAUUUUUACACGAGAUUAUCGUACAAAUAUGGAAGGAUGUCGAAUAUUAGUUACUGUUCCACAAUGUAUGCAAAUUCUUCUUCUAUCACCUAGUCAUCAACGUUGGUGUCAAAGAAUAAAAUAUGCUAUUUUUGAUGAAAUUCAUUGUAUGUCUGGUGAAGCUGGAUCUGAUGUUUGGGAAAAAACAAUGUUACUUAUUAAUUGUCCUAUGAUUGGUCUUUCAGCAACAGUUAAUAAUGGAGAUGAAUUACGUCAUUGGAUUGAAUGUAUUGAAAAUCAACGUUCUAAAUUAUUUCAAACAUCAAAAACACGUCGAGUAUGUUUUAUAGCUCAUCAUGAGCGUAUGGCUGAUUUAAAUAAAUAUUUAUAUUCAAAUCGACAAUUACAUCCAAUUCAUCCAAUUGGUCUAAUGAAUGCAAAACAAUUAAUAACACGAGGUGUUCCCAAAGAUUUUUCAUUAUCACCUUACGAAACUUUACAAUUAAAUGAUGCUAUGAAAAACUUAUCAACUAAUAGAAAAGAAAAUGGUGUCGAAGUAAAUUCAAUAUCAGCAUUAACACAAUAUUUUGAACCUGAUUGGAUAAUCGAACGAACUAAAUGUAAUAAUUAUUCGCUACUUGUUCGUAAUCAAUUUCAUAGUUUAAUUGAUAAUAAAGAAAAUACAACUAUUGAUUCAAUUGUAACAUCUCUUAAACCAAAUUUCUUCAAAAGAUAUUCAUUAUCCUGA